AUGAAAACACCAUUGUCAACUACGGCGACAAGCAGCUCGCCGAGCCUAGUGUCGACGCCGGGAACGCCUCCGGAGAUAGACGAGCUGCUGCAGCGAAAACAGCUCGACAAGCUGCUAGAGAAACAAAAUCGGACAGAAACAUCUCACCCCCGGCGCCAAGCCAUCAUCGAAACAUCCACCGAGCGUACGGAACAGAUGACAUUCGGUCAAAAACGCUUCUGGUUCCUCACCCAUUACGUUGACGACCCCACGACUUUCAACAUCGCCUACCUGGGCCAACUCACGGGCCGGCUCUGCGUGGCCGACCUAGCAAGAGCGGUUGAAACUGCAGCCCAAAGGCAUGAGUCCCUACGCACUCGCUUCUUCUGGUCCAACGACGAGAGUAGGACACCUACGCAGGGCAUCUUGUCGAAAAUUCUUAUCCGGCUGGAGACAGUAACGAUCGAAUCCGAGGCCCAGGCUAUCCAAGAACUUCACAAUAUGCGCAACCAUAAAUGGGACUUCAACAACUGGGUCCCGCUUCGCAUGAAAUUGCUCUCACUCUCAGAGACACAGCAUUACAUACUUGUUGGGACUCACCACAUCUCAAUGGACGGCCAUAGUCUCCCCGUGCUGAUGCUCGAUAUCCACAAAGCAUAUCAGAAGGGAGGUCGCCCACUACCCCCGCUCUCGAACACUUCGCAAGUUCGCGCUUUUGGAGCCCAGCAACGUCUAGCGUAUGAGAGUGGUCAGUUCAGACCUGCUAUCGAGCACUACCGUGCCAUGUUUGCUGCCGUUGACUUCACACGUCCCAUUGAGCUGUUCUCCUUCUCACGCACACAAGUUCGGCCCCCGCUCGAUCGCUACGAUACACACAUCGCCAAACUACAGCUCGAACCUGCAAUCACGGCCAAGUUGAAACAGCUGGCCCGCGGGCGUCGCGCUACCUCUUUCCACACAUACCUUGCCGCUCUACAAGCUCUACUCUUCCGCCUGCUCCCCGUCGACACAACAAAUCAAGUCUGCAUCGGAAUCGCGGACGCGAAUCGCCUCGACAGCAAAUUCAUGGGAAGCUUCGGAAACUUCCUCAACGUGCUUCCCCUCAGAUUUGAUAGAAAGCGCGGGCAGACGUUUGGUGCGGCGAUCGAGACUGCCCGCGAGAGAGCGCACAAUGCGCUGCGGUAUUCGGCGUUACCCUUCGAUGUGCUGCUCGACGAGCUGGGCGUCCCGCGAUCGAAUGCGUGGGCGCCGGUGUUCCAGGUAUUUCUCAACUACCGUCUUGUAGUGCGGGAGCAUGCGGAGAAGAGCUGGGUUGGGACUCACCUCGGCGAGGAGAGGUGGUAUCCUGCUCGGAGCGGGUAUGAUGUCGCCUUAGAAAUUAUGGAAGAUGGAGAGGGUGCGAUGAUAGCGGUGCAUGUCCAGAAGUCGCUAUAUGAUCAGGAGGCGGCAGAACUCCUGGCGAGGAGUUAUGCGGCGGUUUUGAGAGAGGUGGCGAGGCGGGGCGAGAGGAUUGGGGUGGACAGGUUACCGAGGUGGGAUGAGGGGGACGUGAAGAAGGCGUUGGAGAUUGGGAAAGGUUCAGAUGUGCAGCUCGAAUGGCCCGCAACUGUUGCUCAUCGCAUCGACCAAAUAAUUACACAAUAUCCCGACUCCAUCGCUCUCAAGGACGGCUAUGGUCGUAAAUUGACAUAUACAGCGAUGGAUAAGCGCGUUAACAGCAUCUGCAGCGCCCUUCGUGUCCAACUCCCUGAGAAUAACGAACAGGCCGUCGUUGGUGUGUUUCAAAUGCCAUCUGCUGACUGGAUUUGUUGUUUGGUUGCCAUCAAUCGUGUUGGUGCUAUUUACCUGCCGUUAGAUCUCCGGAAUUCGGUCCCACGCUUGAAGAGCAACGUCGAGUCCGCACGACCAGCCGCGAUAUUGGCGGAUAACGAGACGGUAGGACAGGUAAAGCAAAUAGACCUCAAUGAACUUGCCGUUGUAAUUAAUGUUUCUGAUCUAGCUCCCACCACGGAGAAGAAAGAAGAAACAGCAGCAAAACAUGAUAGCGCUGCGUACAUCAUCUUUACCAGUGGGUCAACAGGCGAGCCCAAAGGCAUCGUUGUCACCCACGCUGGCCUACGCGCCAACCUAGAAGGCUACCAUGGCGCAUGGAACAUCGCCUCCGUCGCUGGCGUGGUGCUCCAACAAGCAGCUUUUAGCUUCGACGCUUCCCUACUCAUGAUCUAUGCAGCCUUGACCACCGGCGGUUGUCUCCUCGUUGUUCCUGCCGAUGCUCGUGGUGAUCCGGCAGAGGUAACCCGCAUGAUGGUCGAUCACGGCGUGACAAUGACCCAAGCAACACCGUCAGAGUACGAUAUGUGGUUCCGGUUUGCCACCCCUACUUUACGUCGCUGUACGUCUUGGAAGGCUGCCUGGUUUGGCGGAGAGCGGGCAGCCCCUGGGCUGUUGGACGAGUUUCGAGAGGUAUGCAGAGCACUCCCAAAUCUACGUGUGUUCACCAGCUACGGACCAACGGAAACAACCAUCUCAGCAAUGAAAGGCAAAGCAGACGUCCGGGAUCCCACUUUGCAAAUCCCAGUCCCGGGGCGUCUGCUACCAAAUUACGCCGCGUAUAUCGUCGACGAGGAGAUGAAACCACUACCAAUCGGUGUGCCCGGCGAGAUUAUGCUCGGUGGCGCCGGCGUGGACGCAAACGAAUAUCUUCAUAGCCCAGAACAGACUGCAAAGGCAUUUCUUCCUGACCCAUUUACAGUCGGGCGUCGCAUGUAUCGCACUGGCGAUUAUGGGCGGCUCGAUUCGCGUGGUCUUCUUACUAUUGACGGCCGUAUUACCGGUGACACACAAGUCAAGCUACGUGGGUUCCGCAUCGAACUGACGGAGAUCGAGCGUGUGAUGGUCAAGGAAGGGGCCCUGGUUCAGACUGUGGUCACGCUGCGCGAGGACAGUUUCCUGGCUGCACAUGUGGUCUUCGAGAAGGAAAAACAGGCAUACAGCUGCGAGCUAAUUGGCAAACUACGCUCCCGUUUGCGGCUCUGCCUUCCCCCCUACAUGUGCCCAUCCAUCAUCGUAUCGCUCAACGAGAUGCCGCUAACUGCACACUCCAAGAUAGACCGGAGAGCUGUGCAGGCGAUGGCCUUACCCGAGACCCCAAGAUCAACUAGCAUCCUAGGAGAACCAAUUCUCACACCUACCGAGCGUCGCCUCGCAACUCUCUGGGCUACUGUGCUUCCAGCCCACGCUCUGUCUGAUCCGCUAGGCCCUAGGUCUGAUUUCUUCCAAGCCGGCGGCAACUCGCUGCUGCUGGUCAAACUCCAGGCUGCCAUGAAGAAUUCGUUUGGCGAUGCACCUCGUUUGAGCAAGCUGAUGGGUAUGGGCGAGUUGGGAAGCAUGGCGGCUCUGCUUGACGAUGCGAUAACCAUUAUAGACUGGGACAAAGAAAUCGCCCUCGACUCCUUUACGGAAUCCCCGAAGAUACAACCUAAACCUGUAAAAGCCAACCAAGGAUUUAGCAUCCUCGUCACGGGCGCCACUGGAUCUCUAGGUCAACAUAUCAUCCCCCGUCUUGUAGUCAACGAGCGUAUCGCGCAGGUUAUAUGCCUCGUUCGCCCGGUUUCAGGGCGAAACUUGGCGGCUUUAUUCCCUGAUCUCAAAGGGAAGGAGGAGAAAAUCCGUAUCGUGGAGACUGACUUGCCAUCUUUACCGAAUGACAGUGAGGUUGGUAAGAUUGAUCUUGUGCUGCAUUGCGCGGCAGAUCGUACUUUCUGGGACGGCUAUGGAGCUGCUAAGCUCGUGAAUGUUGAUACUGCAAAGGCCCUGGCGAGACUAUGUCUUCGCGUUGGCGCGAGUCUGCAUGUUCUUAGCUCAGGUGCUGUAGCGGCGUAUGAGGGAGGCGAUAAAGACAAGAAUUUGGCACGGCCAAGCCCGGCAGAUGGGUAUGUAGCGUCUAAAUGGGUGGCUGAGAGGUUCCUGGCGAGCUCGGUAAUGGAAAAUGGAUUGCGACUUACGACGCAUCGACCUACGAUGGUUGUCGAUGGAGAUGUGACGGCACUGAGGGAGAAGGAGGAAAUGGGGGAGAAGGAAACAGAGGAGACGAUGGCGAGGCGCAUGUUGGCCUUGUCAAAACACCUAGGUGUGCGACCCGAUUUUGCAAGGCUUGCGGGGACACUUGAUGUCGUGAAAGUCGAAGAGGUGGCGGAUGCUGUUACUACUGCUGUCAUUGAGGACUUGGACUCAAUAACAUCGGAACAAGAGUCAGAAACGGCAAUGAAGAUGAGAAUCGUCACUCAUCCUGGUAAAGUUAAGCUUCAGACCGAGGUACUGGGAGCAUGUACAGAGGAGUUGUUGACGAUAGAAGAGAACCAGAAGGUAAGGGCGUUACCAGCAGUGCCGGCGCUGCAUUGGGUUGGUCUGGCCAAGAAAGCAAGAUUGUUUGAAUGGUUUAUUACGGCGAUGGAUCUAAUUGUAACGGAUGAGGAGGGGAGAGAGAUUGUCACGAGGCGAUGA